GCCCGUGUGAAAUAUGAAAAAGAAGAAAUGGAAAGGCUUGAAAUAAAACGAAUUGAGAAAGAAAAAUGGCAACAACUUGAAGCAAAAGAUCUAGAAAGGAGAAAUGAAGAACUUGAAGAACUUUGUUUAUUAGAGGGGUGUUUUCCUGAAGCAGAGAAAUUGAAACGAGAUAUUAGAUUGCUUUCUCAGUGGAAACACUACAUUCAAUGUGAUGGGAGUCCUGAUCCUUCAAUAUCCCAAGAAAUUAAUACCUUUAUUAGCUUGUGGAAAGAGGAAACAAAUGAGACUUUUGAGGAAGUGAUUGCAAAGAGUAAACUAGUGCUAAAGUUAAUUGACAAAUUGAAAUUAAUUUUAUUGGAAACUCCACCAUAUGAUUUGCAAGAUAAAAAUGUAAUACAGUAUCAAGGAUCAAUUCUAGAACUGCAGGAGCUCCUUCAUCAUAAGUUUAACAUAGCCACAGAAAUACUUCUCAGACAAGCUAGUACUUUAGCAGAUCUGGACAGUGGAAAUAUGGAAAAAGUCAUUCAAGAUGAAAAUGUUACUCUAUAUGUGUGGGCAAACCUCAAGAAGAAUCCAAGGCACAGAAGUGUCCGAUUCUCUGAAACACAAGUUGGAUUUGAAAUUCCAAGGAUAUUAGCAACAAGUGACAUUGCUCUACGACUCCUGCAUACUCGCUAUGAUCAUGUCACGCCACUGCAUCCUGUUCCAACAGCUUUACAAGAACGUACUUCCACAAUAACUAACAUUGCUGGAGAGGAAGAUAAGAAUUUAGAAGCAGCAAUCAGUGAAGAGUUCCAAGAUGAGUGUAAACAACAAGAAAAUGAAUCUAACUCAGUUCAUGAGGAAGAAAUACAAGUUGAGCCACCAGGUGAUAUUGAAGUACCAAUGAGUUUGGUCCAGGAAGAACCUGAAGCCACAAAAUGCGACCUAGAAAUGAAAUUAUUAAGUGAAACAGUUUUAGCAGCACAGCUGUUGCUGUUAGAGAAUGCUCAUGAAAAGCCGUAUUUCUUUGAAGAGAAGGAGGUUGACUUAUGCCAAUUCAUGACUCUGGGUGGAGUGUACCACUUGGAUAUUUUGGCGCUUCCCCCACAGUGUAAACCAAUGAAGGGCUGGAUGAUUGUGGAAAUACUCACAGAAGGAUUACAGAAGUAUAAAUAUCCUCCAGAAACUACAGAAGAUUUUGAAACAGAAAACGCUUUCCCACCCAUCGAGGUCGUGCUUGAGGUUCAUGAAAAUGUGAUCUUUUUUGAAGAUCCUGUGGUUGCAAGGUGGGAUGCCAGAGGUAAACAUUGGAAAACUGAUGGCAUCAGCAAUGUAUCUUACAAAUCAGAGGAAAGACUUAUAACAUUCAGCCUGGAAACUUUUGGCCCUGUUACCUUGAUUCAAGACACUCAUAUUAACAUGCCAUACCAGUCUUGGGAACUAAGACCACUUGAUGUGAAUCAAGUACUUUUGACUGUGACUACAGUAUUUACUGAAAUUCAAAUACAAAUUAAGGAAAACCUCUGCAUGUUAGCGUCAAUCAACCUAAAUAACAAAAAGCAUUCCUCUAUUUUGGAAGGAAAAUGGAUGACUCCUGUUUCUUUCAUUACUGCUUUGAAAGAAGCUGGAUUGAAUAUCUUCCCUACUGGACACUCUCAUUUUUAUGUUGUUAUAAACUACAAGAUUCCUUUGGUAGAAAUGAAAGCUUAUCGACAAAUGGCCCUGCUAAGUUCUGCUUUUGCGUUUGGUUGGAGCAGGUGGAAUACACUAUGUGAUUCUAAAAAAGUUGUAUUUAAGGUGAGGGAACACCUUACUAAAGAAGAACCUAUUGAGAAUCCCAGUUGGACCCUUUUAAUGUUUAGUGGUGAUAGAGCACAAAGGCUCAAGAUCGACGAAUACAGUGAGACAUUCUCUGAAGCCCUUAAAGAAGAAACUGAAUUUCAUUCUACUUUAUAUCACAUGGUUAAAGAUUUUGCUUCUGAAGAAGCAAAGGAGAAAAUCAGGAGCUCCAACUACCAGUUUAUUGACUCUGUCUGCCACAUGCUAGUCUCGACCAGAUUACUCAGCUAUUCUUAAUCCCCACUGAUACAUUUUAUUCAGUAUGAAGAAUCACGCAACUGGGAGAAAAAUCAGGUGCUCCUUCAAUAAAGUGUAAUGAGUGAAUAUAUUUCAAAUAGGCUAUUAAAGUG